AUGGCACCUCCACUAAGUCUUACUCAAGUUGACAAGCUAGAAUUUCUUAUCCUGGUUGACAACUUCAUAGAGUGGAUAUCAGUGUUGCCAACGGGAUUCAGUCAGGAACUACCUCAACAUCUCAUGAGAGGUGAUGCACCUAAAGAUGAUCUUACGGGAUUACCAAUAAUUGACUUUGAUAAUUAUUGUUGUGGUGCUCAUGGUUUAUCAAUACUCAUCAAAACAACCAUAGGUGAUUCCACACGUACGGUUCUAUUCGAUUCUGGACCUGAACCCCAUUCGAUUGCACGAAAUAUAUCUGCUAUGAAAGUUGAUUUAACCAAUCUUGAUGCUAUUGUGUUAUCGCAUUGGCAUAGAGAUCAUUCUGGUGGGAUAUUAAAAGCUUUGGAAAUCCGUAAAGAACAAUUACAAUUACGAAAGACGCCUCCUGGAGAUCAAGACGAAAUGGUUUUAGUUGAUUUGCAUCCUGAUAGACCUAUAAGGAGAGGUAUUUCAAGGCCACCAGAUUACACUCCGAUAUGUGCACUGCCGCCUGAUCCUUCAUUCGACGAGAUCGAACGGAAAGGCGGGAAAAUCGAAUUGAAUGAUCAACCUCAUGAGAUCAUCACUAAAGAUGGGAGUAAUACUGGUAUAGGCGUAAGUGGAGAAAUAGAAAGAGUAACGGAAUUCGAAGUUGGCUUGCCAGGUGCAUUGACUUGGAUGAAAGAUGAAAAUGGUCAAGAAGGUUGGUUUAAUGAUCAUAUGAUCACGGACGAAAGAUAUGUCGUGGUCGACGUCAAGGGUCAAGGAUUGGUGGUGUUCAGCGCGUGCUCACACGCUGGGAUUUGCAAUGUCAUAACAUCCCUUCGACCGCUUGAAAGACCGAUCAAAGCAGUAGUAGGAGGUCUUCACUUAGUACCCACUCAGUAUCAACCGGCUGUAGAAACGGUCGAUUUCCUAUCGAGACGUAUACAGCCUCCUCCAGAUUAUAUACUACCAUUGCAUUGUACCGGAUUAGAACCAAGAGCUAUGUUGAGAGAGAAGAUGGGCGAAAAAAUCGUUCCUUGUGGUACGGGAGUAAAGGUUGUUUGGAGUGGGACAGAUGAAGAUGAUGAAGAAUUAGUAAAAGGUUUCAAGAUCAUCGCAUGA